AUGUGUCCACUGUAUGCGAAUUUCCCUCUACUCUUUGAUUGGGGCUCCAAGCUUGGUCACAACAUGACUUCUGUCCGAAUCCCUGGAAAUGAACCUCUCAACGGCAUACAAAUCUUUUGCCGAUGCUUCCGAAUGAAUGCAUGGAAGUUCUGA